AUGAGUACGCCCACUAAUGGACGCAGUUGGGUUCGAAUUAACGCUAUUUGGGAUCGCACCGAGAAAGUAUUAUUUCUUCUCCUCGAUGGAUACCUCAAUUGGUAUUUCAUCCGCGUCGUCAAUGCGGAUCUGGUUAAGAACGGCUUAAGCAAGUACAAUCGCCUGGUCCGUUUCAACAAGCGCAUCAUUGUCGUCUCUCUCUUGUUGGACGUCUUGAUCAUUGGCGCGAUGAGCAUCCCCAAUGGAUUUGUCUACGCUAUGUUCCAUCCUCUUGCAUACCUGGUCAAGCUCAACAUAGAAAUGUCCAUGGCUCACCUCAUCAAGACCAUAGCCCUAGGCAGCCCGAACCCUGGUAAUGACCCUUCACGACUCUUGACUUUCUCGUCUUCGCCCGGUGAAGACAUGUUCAAUGCCGAUAUGUUUGCGGAAGUACCACAGCAACGACGUUCGCUCAUUCGCGGUUUGUUCGGCAGCGACCAUAUCUCGUUCUCGCAAGAAGAUGUCCGCAUGAGAAAACCGGGAGAUUCCUCUACUGGUAGCACAUCCGUGCCUGAUUACGAAUUGCCGUCUUGGAAACCUAGGGCGGAGAAGGAGCCUGAUAUGAUUGGCAGCGAUAAUCUCAGCUCUGAAGCGAAGAACAACACGAGAACCCACCAAGAGAACUGUCGUCAGGAGAGCACGGUGCCGAGCAGGACCAGAAGUUUGGAUGGAGGACCAAAUGUCCCCAUGCCGGCGGCAGUACAUCUUCCUCCUCGAGCAAACAUAUCGGAAGUUGGUUGA